AUGGGCGAAACCGGAGCUGCAACCUAUGGCAGCAGCGCAGGUAGCGGCGUCGAGAAAGGCAAAGGCAAAGCAAUGGACAACCACGUAGCUGAUGAUAGUGAGGAUGUGGAGAGCUCUUCCGAUGAGAGCACGGCUGAUUUGCAGUGCGUUUUGGUUCACACACGCGUUUUUUCCCCUUCGCCACGUUUCUCCCUCCCUCCUCUGCUUUCCGCAUGGGCCAAUUGUUCUUUCUUCAGCCCAACUACCCCAAUUUGUUGCGGUCGGGGUGGGACAAAAAAUGUAGAAGACGAAGAGGAUGUAGGACAAGACAACCUCGAACCCAUAUCCGCCGAGAACAUCAUCGGCGAUGGCCGACGCACCCGUGGCAAAACGAUUGAUUUCGCAGCGGCCGCGAAAAAAGCGGAAGAGGACGGUGAGCCGAUUGGCGAGGACGAUGAUGACGACGAUGGAGAUUUCGAGGCCCAUGAUGAUAGCAACAUCCCCGAUGAUGUCGAUAUGACGAAAGACUGA